AUGGACGAAGAAGGCCAACUGACCCAGCCUCAAGACCAGAGCUGCUGGGCCACCCUGCCUGAUGUGUGCCUACAUCGUAUUUUCUGGUGGCUGGGAGACAAGGACAGGUCCAGAGCAGCCCUUGUCUGCAGAAGGUGGAACCAGAUGAUGUAUUCGGCCGACCUCUGGCGAUACAGGGCCAUCACGUUUAGUGGGAGACAUUCCAGGGUACACGCGUACGAAUUUGAGUCGGCUGUUUGGUAUGUUAAGAAAUUUGGUUGUUAUCUGGAGCACCUGGAGAUCAAAUUCCUGACUCCUUACAGCGUUGUCCUGACCAAGAAGUUCCAGGUCACCAUGCAAGGCCUUCUGUCGUGUCUGGGCAAGAGAAACAACCGUCUGAAAUCUCUCUCCAUCCAGUACCUGGAACUGGACCGCCUGGUCUGGAGGAACAGCGUCAGAAGCUUGUUCUUGAAAAGCUUGAGCUCCUUCUUGAAGAAAAUGGGCAAACACCUGGAUCAUCUCAACCUAAAAGGGGCCAGGCUCACCGUGGAGCAGGGCUGCCACAUCCUCAACUCCCUGAGCUACUUACGGACGGAGAGUGCGGUGUCAGAGCUCAACAUCGAGGACUAUUUCAGCCACCGCCUCGCUGUCUACAGCAGCCCCCAGUUCAACCAGACCAUGGCCACGUUCCGCAACCUGGUGUCCCUGACCCUCAACUACAACUGCAUCUCCGAUGAGCUGCUGGAGAACUUGGGUGAGAACAAUGCCGGCACCCUCUGGAGCAUGAACAUCAAGUGCCACGUUCAUGACCCCCACGGGCAGGUCGUCUGGGGCAUGUCCUGGGCCAAGCUGGCCAGGUACGCCACCAAGCUGAAAGUCAACUUCGUCUUUGAGAAAGUCGUGCAGUAUGAGCGCUUGGCCCGGAUCCUCCUACAGGAGAUCCCGAUCAGGAGCAUUAGUCUGAGAAACUGCUCUUUCAGCAACCCCGACUGGUCCAUGAAGCCCACUCUGACGGAUCUCCUGCCCACCUUCCGGCACACUCUGCAGAAACUAAGUUUUGAGUUCAACAACAACCAUGAGUCUCUGGACGAGGAGCUGCACCUCCUCAUCUUAUCCUGCAGGGAGCUGUUUUACUUCAACAUCUGGGCUUUCCUUGAUGUUAACUUUGUGGAGCAGAUCCUGAAGAGUCAGGAAGAAGGGCGGUGUGCCCUGCGCACACUCAAGGUGAGAAUUUAUACAAACAGAUAUGAGACGCCUGAAGAGGACAGGACACUGCGGCAUAUUUACAGGAAGUACAGAAUGCUGAUCGAUUCAGAGUUUAACUAUUUUUCCGUCGCUUACUGCAUGACGUAAGGAGCGCUCUCCAGAGGAAGAAAGCCAAGAGCACUUUGACCUUGACAAUCCGAGCCUCACAGAAUGACACUUCGGGCAUCCCUUACCCCCAGCCCUCUUUCUCCUCUCUCUCCUCUUUGCUAGUUUCACACCAACAUGACACCCCAGCAACGGCUGGGACUUCUGGUCAUGUGAAGACCCCAGGUGACUUUAAAGUGCUAUAUUUACCAACUAUCUGGGUGUGAUCUCUUUUUUUUGUCAUUUGGUUUUGCUUUUUGACCCUCACUCAGCCACAGAACUGAAAGCCCAAAGCCGCUUGGAGCAGUGUCUUACUCGGGGACCCUGACUCUUGCUAAUCUCCCUCCGGAAAAGGUGUAAGUAGCCAGAGAGCAAAUGGAGCUGCAUUUUCCACUGACUGUCAGCGUCAGUUCAGAAACACUUUCUAUCCCGGCUGACCUUCACAUGAGAGCCUUCUGCCACUGACGCUGGCCAGGCCUGAUCUCAGAUGAAAGAAAUUCACCAGCACAUCCUAGAGUGAAGCAGGGAAAUUCCCUUGUUUAGAAGGAGGCUGCUCAGAGCGGGAACUCCCUCCCACAGGAGAUCAGCCCCUAAUUUAUCAGUGUUGUGGACUUGGGUCUCCCACAUCUGCUUUUCUGGGGUCUCCUUUAUUCCCCAUCCAGGCAGCAUGGCGCCCAGCCUGCUACAAACGUUCAGUUCUCAUGUGGGGCUGAACCAGAAGUGGCCUUUACACUCAUAUUCACAAAGAAUCUGUAAUGUCCUGGAGAACUAUUCCUAAUGUGAUGUUAAGUGAAACUGUGUUUAGCGUGAUACCGAUCAUGUAAAAACACAAACACAGUUUUGUGGGGUUUUUUGCAGUACGCGGGCCUCCCACUGUUGUGGCCUCUCCCAUUGCGGAGCACAGGCUCCGGACGCGCAGGCCCAGCGGCCGUGGCUCACGGGCCCAGCCGCUCCGCGGCAUGUGGGAUCUUCCCGGACCGGGGCACGAACCCGCGUCCCCUGCAUCUGCAGGCGGACUCUCAACCACUGCGCCACCAGGGAAGCCCUACAGGGUUUUUUUUAAGCAUAGAAGAGAUACACCAAAAAUCUUAAUAGUUAUCUCUGGGUGGUGGGAUUAUGGGUGAUUUUUAUUUCCCUUUUCAUGAUUUCCCCUAUCUCUCAAAUUUUCUACAAAGACCAUGUGUUAUUUUUAUAGUCACAGGGAAAUCUGAUGGGUUUUAAACAGGGAAUAAGGGUAAAUUCCUGAGCCCAUGCCAUUGACAUAGAUUGCUUUUGGUCUUUUGAGAUUUUUGUGCAUAUAGUUGCUUAUAGGGGGGGUUUCCAAUAGAUAAAAAUGAAUAUAUCUCAGAACAUUUUGACAAGUGUUUCACUUGCGAUUUUAUCUUAUCUUUUGUGUGUUGUGUCCAUAUUUAUGCUUAGCUUUUCAGGUCUUUGUUCAAGUUCAUAUUUAUCCAGUGCUUUUCAAUUUUCACAGGAUUUCCACAUUCACUGUCAUAUCUGAAUGUCCCCGCAAUGCUGUUGGGUGCCUAUGGUUCCUGUUUCAUGAACAUUCAGAAAAGAUCAACACUGGCAAGUGGUGUGGAGUCCCUAUCUUGUUACCAAACUUGGGUUCUGCUGCUUGUCACUCAAGAAUCCAAUACUGAGAGACAAGUGUUGGGUAAAAGGAAAGAUAGCUUUGUUGAGGAAGCCAGCAAUCCUGGGGAGAAGGUGGACUCAUGUCCCAAAGAACCAACUCCCUACUGUUGAUCAGGGGCAAGAGCUUUUAAAGGGGAGUUUUAGGGGUGCACAGGUGGGUGGGGGGCUACGUGCAGAACAGCACAGUCAGCUCCAACAGUCACCUUGAAAUUGGUCAUGCAGAGGUCUGAUCAGCCUCAUCUUGAUUGUUUUAAGUACAGUUAAUCUUCAGUUCCAGGGUCGCUUUGUUCCCAUUUCCUUGAGGCCAGUUCUUGGAAUUGUGCAAGAUGGAGCAGCUCAUGUCAUGGCCACAGUCUGGUCAUCAUGUAGGUUACUUCUUCCACCUGGUGGAGGUUUCAGUAUCUGUAAAACAGCUCAAAGGAUAUGGCUCAGAAUAUUAUCUGUAGCCCUUGAGGAGGAACUAUAUGUCCUUGACUUUCCUUAAUGGUUAAACUAUGAUUAUUUUGUCUUCUUUGACUGUUUGCAUUUCUUUCUGCAUUUUCUUGUCUGAUUAAAUUUAUUCUUUGGCUAAAGUUUUUCUACAGACAAGAGGUGGCAGAGGCUAAGGGGUAUCUGUCCCAGAAAGGCCCCAUAGGGUCCUGCUUGGUUAUAAUCUAAUGAGAGCUCCCAGGUCUUAGUUGCUGAAACCAAAAGGGCCCUUGGGAGCCAUCUAGUGCCUGUGGACCAGAGAUGAGGCAGCUUGCUUUAGGAGAGAGGGAAGGCUCAGCUGGAGUGCAGACCACCUGCGAGACUGACUGAUUGAUUGAUUGGUGUAAUGAUUUAUUCAUGCUGUGGACCAGUUCUGGUUAGUUUCCUUUCGUCCCCAAACACAGGAUCUAAGCAUAGAGGACUCUUUUAUGGAAAACAUGUUAACAGAAGUAACAUUUUUAUGAACAUGUUUUCCAUAAAAGAGUGGAUUUGUUUUCCAGUUUUGCAAAUCUCUUGCACAUCCCGCUGAAUAGCAGACAGCUGUGUUCUCAUCCGGGUUUCUGUGGUCUGUCGUAACGUCAGACGCCGUGCGGGGAGCCUCCGCAAAACUCCAGAGAGAAUUAAAGUGAAAAAGGCACGUAACGUCUUGCUAUUAGUGGAUCUCUUGAAAACAUGUCUCAAGGACCCUCAAAGAUUCCCCUGACCACACAGAGAGCUACCGCACAGACCUUCCUGUUCCCCGAGGAAUCGAAACAGCAACAAGCCCGGGAGAGUCCUAGUGGGAACGUGCAGAGCACACGAGGUUUCCGAACCCACGGAUUUUUAACAGGUAUCCCCUUUUUAAUUUACCGCGUUCAGAGGCGCCGUGGUAGGUGGAGACACAGACCUGUGGCCUGGCUGGGUGACAGCUUAUCCACGCCUGUCCUCCAGUGCAGGGCAAGAGGCCGGAGGGCUGCUCCCACACGCCUCCCCCUGCUGAGGGUCCACAGAGAGCAUGCGGUUCUAUGCAGAAACGCGCAGAAGAAACUGGCACGUCCUGUCUUGUAUGGACGAGCAGGAAGCACAUUCUGACUCCCCAGUGCCUCCUCUCAGCUGUUGGCGGGGCUGAUGAAGCCCCGGCCACCAAGUGACUGGGGUCAGCUCCUCAGAAUUUACGAAAAUAGGAGGAAAGUAGGGCUGUGAUCAGACUAAGGUGUAAACAGUUACCCCAGGCAAACUGACAAUGAAAGUGCAGUUUUUCGUUUUUGAAAAGACUCUCAGGGGCGGACCUCUGACUCUCUGGGCUGGAAGGGUUCUGAGACUUGGGUUCCUGGUCCACUUAGGCCACUAAUUUGUGUGACCCUGCAUAAGUUCUUUAUCCUGCUCAGGUCUUAGUUUCUGCUAUCUGUCAAAUGGGAAAAGCUGAACAGUGUAUCACUAAGGUCCUUGAAAGACUAAUAAUGCUGGGAUGGGGUGUGUGACACUGAACCUGGUAUGAAUGGCCACAUUCCUCAGCCCGGGGUUCCAAGCCAGGCUGCCUGGGUUUGAGUUCUGAGCUGCCCCUCACUUGCUGUGUGCCCUUUGGCAGGUAUUCCCUGUCCCCCCGAGUGUUAACAGCUCUGUUUGUGCAUGGAAAAAUAAU